AUGUCCUCAAACACCGAACCCAAACCACUACACUUCCACAUCUUCGGCACAAAAAUCCACACCUCCCUCUCCCCCACAAUCCACACCGCCGCUUUCCACCACCACAACCUCCCGCACACCUACACCAUAACCGAAUGUCCCUCUUUAUCCUCCGUGGCGCAUAUCAUCACUUCCCCCUCGUUCGGGGGGGCUAGUGUGACCAUGCCUCAUAAACUCACUGCGUUUCAGUGGUGUACGGAGGUCAGUGAGGCUGCGGGGGUGGUGGGGGCUGUUAAUACCCUUAUUCUUUUGGUUUCUUCCGGGGAGGGGGCUAGGAUUAGGAUUAGGGGUGAGAAUACGGAUUGUAUGGGAUUAUAUUCCCUCAUCAAUGAGUACCAGGCCAUAUCUCAAGAUGGAAAUCAAGGGGAAGGAAAGAAAACAGGCCUCGUCAUUGGUGCUGGCGGUGCAGCCCGCGCCGCCGUGUACGCCCUCAUCCAGGCUGGGUUUUCCACGGUGGUUAUUUGGAACCGCACCAUUGAAAAAGCCGACAAAAUUCUUAAAGACUUUUCCUGGUUAGUUGAAGGGAGAAGGGUGGAAAUGAGAGCCAUUACAACCGUCCAGGAACUCAGGGCUAUGGGUGUGAAUAUGAAUGUGGACGUGGUGAUCGGGACGAUUCCCGGCGAUGUGAAGACAGAAGAAGACUUUGAGGGAGUAUUCGGGGCGAGAAAAGGUCUGUGUGUGGAAAUGGCGUAUCGGCCUAAGGUGACGCCGUUGAUGAAGGUCGCGGUGAGAAAGGGCUGGGUCGUGCAGGAUGGGUUGGAGGUGUUGUUGAGGCAGGCGUUUGAGCAGUAUCGGUUGUGGACGGGGAGGGAGGUGCCGGAGGGGGUGAUGAGGGGGGCGAUUGGGAGGAGGGCACCAUCGGAGAACGAAAUGCGUGCUACUGUCUAG